CACACUGUGCCACAGCUGAGCUCGCAAUAAAAAUAAAUAUCGAAUUUGUGUUUGUGUGUUGCUGGGGCAAAGAGUGAUUUGUAAUGUUUUUCCGCAGUCUAUAAACUAGUAAGGCCUUCGAAGAUGACCGACAGAAGAGAGCGACGCAGCGUAAACGAGUGCAUCACCAAUUAUCCGUACUAUGGGGCCCAGGCGCAGUCGAAUCUGCAGGCGAGCUGCAAGAACUCGCUGGACUUUGUGCAACGCUUGAGUCUGCUGAACACGUUGAGCGUGCACAGCGGCUGUGUGAACACGGUCAAUUGGAAUGCCAGCGGAACGCUGAUUGUGUCCGGUUCGGAUGACAACUAUCUGGUCAUAACGGAGGCCAAGAGCGGCCGUGUGGCGGCUAGAACCAAAACGCAACACAAACGCCACAUAUUCAGCGCACGCUUCAUGCCACACUCCAAUGAUCAGGCCAUUGUCUCGUGCUCCGGCGAGGGCAUUGUCAUGCAUACCGAAUUUCUGGCACCCUACGGGCCCGGCAGGAGUGCCGAGGAGGCGCUCAUUGGCGAGGGCGGUCGUCAGGCCAGCUUCUUUGAUUGUCACGCCUUUGGCAGCACAUACGAUGUCCUGCCAUUGCCGGACAGUCCACGCGUCUUUCUCAGCUGUGGCGAAGAUGGCACCGUGCGCUGCAUCGAUCUGCGCGUGAGCAGCCGCUGUGCCGAGUCCGUGUGUGAUAAGCACAUCUUUAUCACGGCACCAUGCGCAGUCACCGCCAUGGAUGUGGCGCCCAUUAACCACUAUAAGCUGGCCAUCGGUUGCUCCGACUCCAUAGUGAGGCUAUAUGAUCGACGCAUGCUGUCGGCCGGCACAGAUCGGGAUCGCAUCACCUGGCCAUUGAAGGCAUAUCCCAUACCCAUGAAGUAUACACGUCGUCACUAUCGUCCCACCUGCGUCAAGUAUAGCGCCGACGAAGCAGAGCUGCUUGUCAGCUACUCAAUGGAGCAGCUAUAUUUGUUCGAUUUGCAGCAUCCGGGCUACAACGAUGCCGACUUGCUACGCAGUGGCUGCUAUACACCGAAGCUGCGACGCGACAACGACCCAGAGCCGCAAAUGCCACGUUUGCGUUUUCGCGGCGAUUGGUCCGACACAGGGCCCAAUUCCAUGGCCAAUGCCGAUCACGAUCCGAAUCGCCUGAAUGUGGGCCAGGCACGCCCGCCGCUCGUGCCCAGCGUGCUUCGACGUCUCAGCGAUGAAAUUAUUCGCAUGCUCAACUCUCAAACACAUCAGAUACACGCCAUCAAUCCGGCCAGCCGGAGCAACAGCUCCAGCUCACGUUCGAGUCACAUGUCCUGGCAGGAUGCCGUCUUGCGCACGCUGGAUAAUCAGAGCGAAUCGGCAACAAGUCGCACCAACAGUCUGCGGCUCGCUGCCGCCAAUGAAAUCAGCCAAGCGGCAAUUGCGGCCAACUCCAACCCGACUGCAGCGGAUGCCGACGAUAAGCGAGAUGCUGUGAUGGAGUCUGCAGAUGAUGUAAAAGAGCGACAGCUAAAUAAGUUUGACUACAUAAAAAUGUCAUUUAGGGGACAUCGCAACUCGCGCACCAUGGUGAAGGGCGCCUGCUUCUGGGGUGACGAUUUCAUAAUGUCCGGCUCGGACUGUGGCCACAUCUUCGUCUGGCAACGGCACACUGGCAAGGUGGUGAAGACACUGCUGGCCGAUCAUCGUGUUGUUAAUCGUGUCCAGCCACAUCCGACGCUGCCCUAUUUGCUCAGCUCGGGCAUCGAUUACAACAUCAAGGUGUGGGCGCCCAUUGGGGCAACUUCAAUAUUUGAUGAAGCUGAAACAACAGCGCUAAUUAAGAGCAAUGAAAUCAUGUUGGUGGAGACACGCGACACUAUAACGGUACCUGCCCAGGUCAUGAUACGCAUUUUGGCCGGCUUGCGUCAAUACCAUCGGAUCAGGCAUGCAUCGGGUACCAGAGGAUUGGGCGUGGAGAGUAGGCGUGGCCGCAACGAAACUAUGCGAGCUAUUGAAGCGAAUGCUGUUGUUGCCGCAACUGCAACUAGCAGUGAUAAUAAUGCGCAGCAUACUAAUCAUAAUCGUAAUGAUAAUGAUGAAGAUAAUGAUAAUGAUGAUAACAAUCGCAAUGGUACCAUCAGCAUCAGCAUCAGCAACAGCAGCAGCAACAGCAGCAGCAGCCACAACUCAAAUACAAACUAAAGAAAUCUUGUCAAUGAGAAAACUAUAUAGAUAUCCACAUAAACAUAUAUAAAUACAUAUUGUGGCUAUCGGCGCUGCACUCCCGUGUCUAUAUAAUAUAUAUAUAUAAUAGAUAUAUAUUGUCCAUUCCCUGCUGGCCACAAUUGUGUCCACAUUCCCCUCCGCAUCCAUUCAAGCUUAGUAGUUUUCGGCGCCGAUAUCCAUCUUAAUUGUGAGACUCAAAAAGCAUACGAUCGGUGUAGCUAUAUAUAUACGG